GCUGGUGUCAGCUAGCUGCCCUCUGACCGAAACUUCCUUAAUAAAGGGUAGACAUGGCUUCUCAGGAGACUACGAACGACCUGGGCUGUUGUUCAUCCGAGGAGGACAGCGCUCGCGCGGACUCAGCGGAGGAGCAGCAGGAGAAGAAGCCAUCUCCGGCGGUGCGUCGGCAUCAUCCUUUCAGCGUCGAGGCGCUCAUGUCCGGGAGGAAGACUGAGGGUCGAGGCGGGGAGUCCACCUGCUGUCAAGCGGAGGUGAUGGUGUCUCCUCUGGGUUUGAACUCUGUGUAUGUAUGCCGGGACAAGUGUGGUGUUCCCGGGGGGAAGAGUUUAACUGCUGCUCCUUCAUCUCCGGUUAAAUCUGAGACAUCAGAGUCGGAGGAGUGCGCGACAUGGAUCAGCAGCAGCGCCUUUUCCCAACAGCCCCGUCAUGUAAGUUCAGCCUGCCCACUGAGGAAACACAAGACUAAUCGAAAGCCUCGCACGCCCUUCAGCACAUCCCAGCUUUUGGCCCUGGAGAGAAAGUUCAGACAGAAACAGUACCUGUCCAUUGCCGAGCGGGCAGAGUUCUCCUCCUCUCUAACCUUGACCGAGACUCAGGUUAAAAUCUGGUUCCAGAACCGCCGCGCUAAAGCCAAGAGGCUUCAAGAGGCCGAGCUUGAGAAACUUAAGAUGGCCGCUGAUGCUAAGACAGCAGCGGUGGCGGCCGCCGCUGCUGGAGGUUUACACCCUGGGUUUACGUUACCACUUUCGCUGGGCGCCAUGACUCUGUAUGGACAGUCUUAUUCUGCCUACCAUCACCAUCACAGACCUAUACUGCCCAUUUCACCUCUGGGACUGUACGCUGCUCCUCUGGGUUACGGCAUGUACCACUUAUCAUAAACAUGGGAAUAUCACAGACUGUCUUUUAAUGCAAAGGAUUCCCCAAAACUGGACACUAGAGGCUGACAAUUACAUAAAUAUCAAUACUUAUCUGCUGCACAAGGAGUGUGUGACUCAACUUCCUGAGCACAACAAGUCAAAUUAAACAUCUAUUUUUCUAUCAACAAGGAAAUAAACAGCCCAUUAACUGCCUGUUUACAUGACGUUUAUAUAAGAGUAGAGGCAUCACCGUCCAGCUGUUCAGACUUCAUUUGUUUACUUCUGCAAUAUUAAGGCUGGGGGGUGACUUGCACUGUGCACAAAGAUAGAAUUUUUCCCAAAGGCCUUAUUCUUUGUUUGAUUCAGUGCCUUAUGUUUGGCCUUAAUAUCAAAACACUUUGUAUUCCUGUUAGUAAUGUUGGGUGAUAUAACAGUAUCUAUAUCAUCAUUGGGAUGACUUCAGCCACAAAAUAGAUUUUUGCAAUACUUCACAUAACACUAAUGCUACUACUAGCUUAAUAACUACGCUGGCGAGUAAAAGUAGCAUAUAACAGAGCAAUGUGUGACAAACAACAGCUCAGAUUAAGUCCUGGUCCUCUGCAUGUUAUCCACAAUCACUGACCAAAUAGCAUGGUUAGAGCAGUGUCAGUGUUUACAAUGAAAGCCCUGAAAUUAGAUAAAAUGUGUUCUCCUUUCUCAGAUAACAGCAACAUUAAGUGAGUGUGCUAUUUUUGCGGAACGUCUCUGCUGCUCUGGAGCUUUUACUGAAGCUUUGUGCUGGGAUGAAUCGACACCAUUACUCCAUCACAACAGCUCAAAGUUUGUUUCAAUUCAUGAAUCCCCCCUUUUUUUAAGUCUUUGAGGACUCUGCGACUCUGAGCAUAGUCAAAGACACAGCUGUAAACACUGUAACAACUGCUGACAGUAGCUCCACUAAAGCUCAGUUAAUUCAAUGAUUAAAAAAUAUUUCUGAUAAGUUCUCCACAACAUUACAUUGUUUCUUUUAUUCUGAAAUUGUGAAAGAGCCAUAUCAGGAAAUGGAGUGUUUUUUUUAAUAGCAGCUUAACAAAACUUCCAAGGAGAUAAACAGAACUCCAAACCACACUGACUGAGUGACAAUCUGCAGAAUCUUCUUUUGGUGAUCUUGUGCACAGGCAUUAGAAAGUAUCGGAUCACUGGCUGGUUUUAGGGGAAGGAGGGGGUUAAGGCACUUAACAAGCAUUUAAGUGCGCUAUCCCUUUUAGUUUGUAAUAUUGGAUUACAUUACUGUGUAUACGGUUAAUUUCAGCACAUAUUGCUCACUUCUAUCAGGAUGACUAUUGUUUCAGAAACUCCAGCCUAAUAAACAUAUCACUGAAGAAGUCUUUCAAAGCCACAUAAAUAUCUGCCUUGACACCUGUUCAAAUCUAUUUCAAGUUUGUGUCUUUUUAGUAAAGUUUUACAGUUACACACAUUUUAAACUUUUCAUCUUUUAUCUCUCAAAGCAAUAACAAACAAAAAAAAA